AUGGCUGCCUCUUUCUUGAAUAGAAUUGCUGCUCUUGGAAUCGGCGUCGCCGCGAUCGGUGGCGUCGUUAAUACUGCCCUUUACAAUGGUAAGAUGCAACUUUGUUUACUGUUCUUGCAGCUUGGUGGAUUUGUGAAAAUGCGACGCAUGAUUUGGAAAAUCGUUAAAGAUUUGUUGGGAACUUCGACUGCAUGCCCUCAUGUAGGCUUAAGCUUAAUCAAUAUUUCCUUUCUAAAGAAGCCCUAGCUGCACUGUAUUUUUUCUGUGGCUGUAAAAAUUAUAUGAUAAAUUACCUGCCAUCAAAGAUUAGGUGAUCUUUCUUUACUUUAUUUUUUUAUGGGUUUUAACAAAGUGAAGUAAGCGUAUAUUUUUCUUUGCUUCGUACAUUGGGUUAAAAUUGUACCAAAAGAGCUGUAGCUUUAUCACAAAAAUGUUAUCCAACUUCUAAAACUUCCUUAAAGAAGGUUUGAAUAAAACCUGUUGGUGUCUUUAAGUUGAGGGUACAUUUUUUUAUUUUUCAUCUGUUUAAUUAUCCUUUGACAUUUAUUGAAAUUAUUGCAUAAUGCUCCUUUCACUAUAUGUGAGAGGUGCGUGCGAGGAGGGACGGGGGAGGGAGGUGUUUGUGUCCAAAAAAAAAAAAAGCACUUGAUUUGCUCUUUCAGGUAAGUAAUGAUAAUAUGUUAGGCUUUGGCUUGUAGCUUCCCUUUUUUUGGAGUCAUAACUUUUGAUGUACAAAGACCCAUUCCAGAAAUGACAGCUGGUGUAAUAUUCUUACAUAUAGUUACUGGUUUAUAAAAUCAGCCCUAGUAACAUCAUUCUCAAAAUCAAAAUUCAACAGAAUAUUGUACCUAAGGUUAGGCUAAAGAGACUCAUUAGGAAAGUAGACAAGCCACCAUUUUUGCAAUGGGUCUCUAUUUAAUAUAACAGCUGUAUAUUUGCUAACCUGAAAAGGUCUCUCUGUAAAUGACAGAACACAGUAUUUCUAUGUAUUUUUCACCUCUAAUUAUCUCUUAGUAACAACUUCAGAAGGGGAUGUAAAUUCUAACUACAUGUACUAUAUAGAGUUAGUAAAGUCAACUCUUUUUACUUAUAAAUGCAUACGAUGUGGUUCUAAUUUCAGUGGAAGGGGGCCAUCGUGCUGUAAUAUUUGAUAGAUUUCAAGGUGUUAAACCUGAGGUCACCGGUGAAGGAACCCAUUUCCUCAUCCCGUGGGUACAGAGGCCCAUUAUAUUUGACAUUCGUAGCAGACCAAGAAAUGUACCUGUUAUAACUGGAAGUAAAGGUACUUUAUUCAUCUGUUUUGAAAAACACCUAAAUGAACUAUCUAUGAGAAGAUGUUGAAUAGAACAUAGAAAAUGGUGUUUUGGGGUGUCAAGGGUGACUACUUCUAUUCUCUGCACACCUACCGGUAACUCCUGGAUAACUGCCUCCUCGCAGUACACCCAUUUAGAUGAAAAAGUUAUGUUAGGCAACGAGGAGGGGACAGUAUGUUCUGUGGGCUGUGGCUGAAGACAAUGGAUCAGAGGUUGUGUUUGGGCACUACUGGAUUUGUGCACAGCAGCCUUGUUCCCGGGGUUCUCUCCUACCCAUCCUGGGGAAUGAGGUUACGUGGACUGAAGGCAAACAUCUGAGAGUAACAAUCUCAGUAAAAUCCCUCUAGGGGAGUAUACACCCCUUGUGGAGUAUUGGCUACUGAAAAGCCUAAUUCAGUUGGAAAGUUUUGAUCCAUUUAUUCUCAAAAUAGAUCAGACUCAAAUUCUGUGAGGAAAAGCCAUACCAAGGUUAUAAUUGUACUGUACUUCCCAAACUGAGUGUGUGCUGAAAAACCUCUUUCUUUGAAGGCAGCAGAAAAUAGAGUUUAUUUCUAAGAAGGACUUUUGCUUAACAGAUUUACAGAAUGUUAAUAUUACACUGAGGAUCCUGUUCAGACCCCAACCUCAGGUAUUGCCAAACAUGUACAUGAACCUUGGAGAGGAUUAUGAUGAGAGAGUUCUUCCAUCAAUUACAACUGAAGUUCUCAAGGCUGUUGUGGUAGGCCAUAAUGUUUUAGUUUACUUCAACUUUCAAACUACACUUUCAUCACCAGGUUAACUUCUCCAGUAUCGUUCCAACCAUUCCAAUAUAUUAUUAUCUUCUGAUCAGUACUUGCUUGUAGUACUGUUCAUGAUGAUAUACAAGGUGGCAGGUUGUUAUAUUAAAACUGGUGAUUGAAAUGUGGAAGUGUGUUUAAUAAACUAGAAGUAAUCACUGAUUGAGGAUCCGCGUUCGUCACUUACGCAAAUGAAAUAGAGUCAAAGGGAUUCUAGUUUCCUGUGGCCGAGAUGCUACUGAUAAAAUUAGGGGCAGCUAGUUUGCAAUUGGCCGUGAUAGCUCAAAAAUUUCUGCCUUAGGUGCGGCAGGAACACCAGAUUAGGAUGCAUUCUGAUGAACGCAAUUAUUUGGCAUUGUAAAAAGCUACUGAUCAUUGGUUCUUUCUGGUUCUCAUAAUUUUUGUCUUCCAAGCUGACUCUAACUGACAAUGUUUUUGUUCACAAGGCUCAGUUUGAUGCUGGAGAACUUAUCACACAAAGAGAAGUGGUAGGUUUGUCACAAGAUUUCACUUUUUUAAAACUGUAUUUGCCACUUUAGAAACGAGGAGGGAACUGAAGGCAAAAUUUGUCCCGUAAUUGAGUCUGGGAUUGUUACUUUGGACACACCAGUUAGCUAUUUGGCCAUUUUUUCCCCUGUCCUUAGUAGCAGUCCCAGAAGUCUUUGUGAAUGUUAUCUCGGCCCAGUUCCCUUCUCGGUUCUAAAGUGGCAAAUUGGAGGAGAGAUUUAAAAAGGAUGAUACUCAUUGUCUCUAAAAGUUAUGGUGAAAAUUUAAAAUCUUAUGUUCAAGAACAUUUUAUGUUAGCUGACACAAACGUCGAGUGAGGCAAGAUGCUGCUUUUCUUUGGAACAUUGCCAAGUAAACCUUUCAGAAGACAUGUCCAGUAUUCUUUAUUCAAGCUAAAUAAUCUUCAGCUUUCUUUAACUUGUUAUUUCCAAGUUUUGAGAAAUGAUAUGUUGUCUAUUUUGAAUAAUGAAGAGUUUACAUGCAAAUUUUAAAUUUUGUAGGUUUCUCAGAAAGUUCAAGAGGCGCUGACAGAGCGAGCUACAAGUUUUGGUCUUAUUUUGGAUGAUAUCUCUUUGGUAGGGGUCAUUAAGAAUUUAGCAUUUAAUGAGAACAGCCCUUUGGGGGGGAUUGGGGGAGAUCUUAGGGAUUGUGGUAGAGGUACCCCUUGAAUGUCCAUACACCCUUCCUACCAGAGAAACCUCUUUUUGAAGUUGAAGAAAAAUGCACCUCCCUGCCCUCUGCACCCGACCCCCCGUCCCCCGUAAACUUUAGGCCCCGGUUGUUCAAAUUUGGAUAGCACUAUCCAACUGAUAAAUCACCAUCCUUUGAGUUGUUUGACCAUGCAAUUUUCAAGAGCAUCAACAAAGAAAGAAAGAGAACUUAAAUUGAACAGAAACAGUUCUUGAAUCUGAACUGCAAAUUACAGUAUUAAUUGAAAGAAAUUUAAUGACUGUGACGGCGAUGUACAAGGAUAGAGGCAAGGAAUAGAAAAAGUAACCAGCAAACAUCCCUAUGUACCUGUGUUGAUACAGACAGUUAAGAAAUCAUGAAAGAGUUCAAGGUGAUAAACCUCAUUCAAUAGCAGCUUUUAGAUUUGACUACCAGUAUGACUUUGGAAUCUGAAGCCAGUUAAAUCCUCAGAACUCUAACUCCUUCCUGUUCGCGACCAGAACAGGGUAAGAUUGCAGUUUAUUUAAGCACACAAACUGGAUUUGAAAGCUCGUACUCAUUUUCAGUCUCUUGCUUGUAAUCAAAUCUAAGGUUAUCAACAACCUUUUCCAGCCUUGGUAUCAUGGAUCCUUAAUGUCAAUUUAUGGCAACUCUGUCUAGGUUUUCCUUGUUUAAAUUGUUUUGUUUUCCUUGUUUUAGACUCAUUUGACCUUUGGUAAAGAAUUUACAGAGGCCGUUGAAUUAAAACAAGUCGGUAAGUGAAGGAUUUUGCUGUUGUCUGUUUGGAACGUCUGCAUUCAACAAGUAUACACCCUGCUAGGGGAAAAGAAAAAUUAAAGUUUUUAUUGCCGAUUAGGUUUUUUUGCAUACCAUUAGAAAUAUUUUUUUUCCUUUUCUUUGUGUAACUUUGUGGCUUUUUUCUCUUCUAUCCUCUAGCUCAGCAAGAAGCGGAGCGUGCCAGAUUUCUUGUAGAGAAAGUAAGUAGUUGGACAAGACAAAUUAUCUAAAUAGUCUCUUUGAAAAUAAAUCCAGCAAUGGUAAAGAGCAUGAGCUGCUACAGUCAUCUCGCCACCAAGAGGUCGACUUGCCGCCAACAUUGUUCAAAUUUUUAUUCCAUUUCCAUGAGCCCUAGAGGUAAAAAUGUUUAGUAGAUGGCAACCGAUCACAGAUUUCGUUUUCGUUGAUGGCGAGAUGACUGGAUUCCCCGCUAGAUGUUUUACCUGUGGAGCUAGUCUCCUCUCCAGCAUAUUGUGAUUGGUCAGUCUAUGGUAUGAAUACGUCACAGUCGGAAAAGUGGCGCUACUUGCCUGCAGAUAUAUCUUGUAGCAACGUAUAAAACCACUUUUUCUUCCUCUCUCGUCUCUAGGCUGAGCAGCUCAAGAGAGCGGCCAUUAUCACCGCUGAAGGAGAUGCCAAAGGCGCAGAAAUGCUGGCUGAUGCGUUUAAAGAAGCAGGGGAGGGCCUUGUAGAGCUGAGAAAGCUGGAAGCUGCUGAAGAAAUCGCAGACAGAUUGUCUCGUUCACGAAACGUUGCUUACCUACCAAGUGGACAGAACAUGCUUUUGAAUUUACCUGUUGGUCGUCAGUAAAUAUGAGUUUUAAAGGACUUAACCCUAUAAUUCCGACAACAGACGUUGUUUUCGAGGAUUUAGAUUAGGUUUUCGUAUCAGAGUUGGGUAGACUUGAAAUCGUGCACUUCUUGUCGGAACUUUAGGGUUUAGGCACCUGCUGAGGUAAAGUAUUUGGUCUCUUCAGGCCACUUGAGCUUAAGGCCAGUUAUUUGUCACGGGAAAGUAAAGAAAUGACCAGAGAGGUUUGUUUUGUUGUACGUCUUUAGAACCAUUGCAAACAAUCUGUAACUACAGGAGUUUUCCUGAUCAAUCGGAGAGUGUUGUCAGUUACCGUAAAAGGCCAAUUACACGGGCGAUUUUAUCACUUAGGACGACUAGAGCGGCAAUUUAAGCGCGAUCUAUCUUCGAGUUAUUAAACAAUAUUAUAAGCAUACGCAGUUGCUUGUAAACAAAAAAUGGCGGACAGUACUUAUUUCCAAGAACAGGUCGCUUGUUGCGAUAAAUCACGCUGAAAUAGCAAGUGAUCAGCCCUUGUCGCCCAUUAAAAUCGCCCUGGUAGACCAGCCU